AUGAGUGAUUCUGCUUCCAUCAUGAAUGUUGAUGGUGCUUCAGUUUCUGAAGCUCAUGCAGCAGCUAAUGAGACUAGAGAUAUUGUCUUACCGAACCAAAACGAACAUGUGGCUCACAUAGCCAUUGAUAAAAUUGAGACAGAAAGAAUUGAUGAAUGCAUCGAAUUUUUAGCAAAGCUGAUGGAUGAUGCGCGUUUAGUGACGUCCAACGAUACAACUUUGGUUCUGAAAGCAACUGGCGGUGGAGCUUAUCUAUUUUACGACAGGUUACAAGAAAAAUUGCCUGGUGUUAUAAUUCAAAAAGAGGACGAAAUGGAUUGCCUGAUCACGGGACUCAAUUUUUUUGUUAGCGAAAUUCCAUAUGAAGUGUUUACCUAUAACGAACAGGAUCCGGAUCCGAUGAAAUUUGAAGAAAAAGCAAGAGAUGUAUUUCCUUAUAUGUUGGUAAAUAUAGGCUCUGGAGUGAGUAUUCUAAAAGUUACAGGACCUGACCAAUAUUCUCGUAUCAGUGGUACAUCACUCGGAGGGGGUACUCUAUGGGGUUUGAUGUCUUUGUUAACCAAUGCGACGUCAUUUGAUGAAAUGCUUGAAAUAUCGAAAGAUGGAGAUAACAAGAAUGUUGAUUUGCUUGUUGGUGAUAUAUAUGGAACAGAUUAUACCAAGCUCGGAUUAAAAGCAUCAAAAAUCGCUUCUAGUUUUGGAAAAGUAUUCAAGAAGGGGGUUCUACAACAGAAUAAAUUUAGAGCAUGUGAUAUAGCAAAGAGUUUACUUUUUAUGGUCAGUAAUAAUAUAGGUCAAAUUGCUUAUUUAAAUGCAAAACAGCAUAAUCUGAAUCGAAUAUAUUUUGGUGGCUGCUUCAUCCGUGGUCAUCCUACUACUAUGAACACCCUAUCGUACGCUAUCAACUUUUGGUCGAGUGGGGAUAUGAAAGCACUCUUCUUACGGCAUGAGGGACACUUGGGUGCCACAGGUGCCUUUUUGAAACAUUCAGUUAUUCGUAGAGCAAGGCAUUCAUUCUCAUUCUCAGAAAAUAAUUUCAUACCAGAAAGCAAUCCUGAUCCAAGAGACGUAUAUGGAGUUUUAGAAGAAACAAAUGUUGAAUUACGUUCAUCAUCGACUACACCACCAUCACCACCAUCAUGCACCUAG